AUGAGCGCUACGACAGUCCCAUACAUUGGAAGCCAAAUCAGCUUAAUCUCCAAGUCUGAUAUUCGAUAUGAAGGCACGCUUCACUCAAUUGACCCAAAUGAGCACACAGUUUCCUUAUCAAACGUCAGAUCUUUUGGAACAGAAAAUAGGAGAAUCGAUGGUAAACAGAUCCCUGCUUCAAAUGAUUUAUAUGAAUUUAUCAUUUUCAGAGGGUCUGAUAUCAAAGAUCUUUCAGUAAUCCAGGCAACCCCAAUUCUCAAUGACUCUGCAAUAAUAAAGGCAAAUAUAAAAGAAAAUCAGCCGAAUUUGAAAAACCCGCAGCCUGAAAAAGAAUUCGAGCCACAGCAGAGAUAUGAAAACAGGCAUAAUCAGAGGCAAUAUCAAGCCCAAAUAGCUAGAGGUGAACUUCAUGAAAACAUAAAUGAAGAUCUAAAAGAAGAGCUAAAAGAAGACUUCGAUUUUCAAGAAGAAAUCCCACUUGAAAAACCUCAAAAAAAUGAGUCAGGAAAAGGAUACGACAAGAAAUCAAGCUUUUUUGACAAUAUUUCAUGCAAAAGUUCAGAAAGUGAAGUACCUUUUGAUAGGAGAAAACAAAAAGAAAUGGAUAAUGAAACUUUUGGGGAGGAUUAUGUAGCUGAUGGAGAAAGAGAGCUAAGAAGAUCUCUGCAAAGAGGAAGAAGAAGAGGCAAUCGAGGACAGUAUAGAGCGGGAAGAGGAGAAUUUAGAGGGAAUAGAGAAGGAGGGUAUAGAGAAGGAGGGUAUAGAGAAGGAGGAUAUAGAGAAGGAGGAUAUAGAGAAGGAGGGUAUAGAGAAGGAGGGUAUAGAGAAGGAGGAUAUAGAGAAGGAGGGUAUAGAGAAGGAGGGUAUAACAGAAAUUUUGGGCAGUAA